AUGCGGCGAGGGCCCCCUGGCCCCCAGUACCCCGCUGCUGGGAGGGCACUGGCAUUCCUUGCCCCGGGCCCCGGCCACCUUCUCAAGCUGGGGAUGCCAGCCACCCUGCUGCCCUCUUCCCUGCCGCCCUGCUGCCCUCUUCCCUCCUGCCCUCUUCCCUGCUGCCCUGCUGCCUUCUUCCCUGCUGCCCUCUUCCCUGCUGCCCUCUUCCCUGCUGCCCUCUUCCCUGUUGCCCUCUACCCUGCUGCCUUCUUCCUGCUGCCCUGCUGCCCUCUUCCCUCCUGCCCUCUUCUCUGCUGCCCUCUUCCCUGCUGCCUUCUUCACUGCUGCCCUCUUCCCAGCCACCCUGCUGCCCUCUACCCUGCUGCCCUCUUCCCUGCUGCCCUCUUCCCUGCUGCCCUCUUCCCUGCUGCCCUCUUCCCUGCUGCCCUCUUCCCUGUUGCCCUCUACCCUGCUGCCCUCUUCCCUGCUGCCCUGCUGCCCUCUUCCCUCCUGCCCUCUUCUCUGCUGCCCUCUUCCUUGCUGCCCUCUACCCUGCUGCCCUCUUCCCUGCUGCCCUCUUCCCUGCUGCCCUCUUCCCUGCUGCCCUCUCCCCUCCUGCCCUCUUCCCUGCUACCCUCUUCCCUCCUGCCCUCUUCCCUGCUGCCCUCUUCCCUGCUGCCCUCUUCCCUGCUGCCCUCUUCCCUGCUGCCCUCUUCCCUGCUGCCCUCUACCCUGCUGCCCUCUUCCCUGCUGCCCUCUUCCCUGCUGCCCUCUUCCCUGCUGCCCUCUUCCCUGCUGCCCUCUUCCCUGCUGCCCUCUUCCCUGCUGCCCUCUUCCCUGCUGCCCUCUACCCUGCUGCCCUCUUCCCUGCUGCCCUCUUCCCUGCUGCCCUCUUCCCUGCUGCCCUCUUCCCCAGCCACCCUGCCGUCUUCCCUAGUCACCCUGCCGUCCUCCCCUAGUCACCCUGCCGUCCUCCCCUAG